AUGGCGGAAGGAGGUGUGGAACCGGUAAGUUCUAAAACAGUCUGCAUAUCAAGACUUUCCGGGCUUAUGCUUUGUGUAUAACAAUUGUUGAAUAUGUUCUUCCCAAUGUAAAUGAAAGGAUCCUGAAGUAGAAACACAGAUUUUAUCCAAGAAACGCCUUUUCUCAGCAGAAGGUAAGCAAAUAAAUGUUAAGGUGCGGACGCCUAAGGGAAAUUUCAGCUCGUAAGCAAGAAGUAAAUUUUCCCUUUUUUAUCGAAGUGUCGUUUUCAAUGUUGCCUUAUAUGAUGGUAGUCACUGGGCCGCUGUUUUAUUUCAUCGAUUCAGGUAGCGAAAUAUAAGAAUUGACAGAACAGAUUAGUUUGCUGAAAACACCGUCGAAGGAAGAAGGUAAGAUGUCUCUUCCAGCUUAUUAUAUAUUCAAGCGCAUUGAUAGGGGGAAUUGUCUCCGUCUGUAAUCCGCUAAACAUUACGGAAUCGCGCCUGUAGAAACGCGUCGCUAGUAAAUGCAAAUUUUUCUGUCAAUCAAAUGUGUCCUAUUAUUUGUAGGUGGAAAUCGGUGAAACAUCGUUAUUGUUGUGGAGACAAUAGAAGAACAAAAGAUAACAGAAAGAUCAAGUUAUGCGGUCUUAAAGGGUGUUGCGUGACUUAAAUCAGCUGCAGCAUUUCUCCUAACUUUCCCGCAUUAAAACGUUGGAAUGAAAAGUCUGAAGCUUAGCUUUUAAAAUCUUGAUAGCCAAAAUAAAAAGGGUGCCCCAAAAGGCAAGCAUUUGGGAAUUCAAAAUCGAUAUUUUUGUCUCCAACGAAAUCCGGCGGAUGAACAGUAAUUUGCAUAUAAGCGUAAGUGAAGCGAAAUAGAUACAAAUUGCCGUGGUUGUAAACACAAUGUUUCCUCGAUGUUUUUUCCUUUUGAAAGCGUAAAUUCGCAUGAAAGAGCUCACCUUGCACAAAAUAAUAUAAAAUGAAACGAAUCAAAUCGAAAAGUGGUAAAGAAAAGUCAGGAUAUUUCAGUUUGAUGGAAAGUAAGUGAUUGGGUAGGUGAUUUGCAUACUGAUAAAAACAACGUCUAGCGCAGUUCAAAACCGUUCGGCUUCCUGAAUUGUUUUUCUGGAAUUCUAUACAUUCUGCUGGCCUAAAUCAUUAAAAUAUCUUAUGAAGUCAAAAUAUUUAUCAAGUUGAGGGUUUGCAUUUCCUUAGAAAACAGAGAGUAGCGCGAAAGCUUCGAUCUAUAGAUUUUCUUAAGUUAAAUUACCUUUGUAUCGUGGAAACAAUACCCUAACACUUGAGUCUUGAAUCAAAGGACGCGACAUGCGUCGGCUUCCUUUGUGAGCGCGCAAAUAGUCAUGGGACCCGCGAUUUUGCGGGCGACACGGAUCUACAGGCGCCGUUCCAGCCUCCUCCUCAGGCGCUUCGUUUUUCGCAUGGCAGAGGCGAGCGCGAAACGAGUGACAGGUGAUGAACCGCAAGGGACCAUGGGAAGGGUACAGACGGCAGGCGAAGCGCCUGCCGGAUCUUGUGUCGUUUUCUUGGCAAAAAAGUCGUUUUCUUGGCACCGCCCAAUUUUUGGUCUUUUUAAGUCUUGGAAGCGAUCAAUUUUAGUAGCAUAUUGUUGUAAACAUUGUAAACUUUGAGUAGACAGGUGAAUGGCUAAAAAUUUCAAAACCUGAGGUAGAAAUAACCGACAGGCUGCAAAGGAGUCGGAUUCUGCUGGAUUUUUGCGAAUCGAAGACCUCUAACAAAAUAUUGAUGACUUGACGGUAUCGGGUAAGUCUUAUAUUUUGGUAUUUAACUUGUCGUUUAUUGCAGAAUUCGGAUUAGUAAAGUACAGCGCCGGCGACUAUGUUUCUAUUUUUCGCUCUUUUAGGCGAAAUCCACCGAACAACGAGCAAGUAACCUUGUGAAUUGAAAGAAGUGUAAGGCCUAGCUAGAUUGUGCAAGGUCAGGAGUUGAUUAUCAAGACCACAUUAUGUCCUUACACCAAGAUUUAAGUCUGCGACGUUACUAACUAUGAAACCACAGAAUAGUAAGAACAAUAAGAAUAGUAACAGAGACGGGAGGAUUCACAGUCGCUUGGUUCGUCGCCAUGUUUGAGAACCUGACAAAGAGUGUGUUGCAUAUGGUUUAUUGCCUUAUUUGGAAAUUCUCAAGGGGAGGUUGAAGGACAUUAUUUUUGCCAGGCAACUCAAAAUGGCGCACGAACUGCUAUCGUCUUUGCCUGUCAAUCAAAAACGCACAUUAAAGAGUUCUGGAUUCUUAUUUUAGAAUAUAAUAACUCACCGAGGGCACCCUGGAAAAGGUGUGCAAAAACCGAACCAAAAUCGAAAUGCGGAAGCAAAGAAUCCUGAAUGGAACUGAAUGGUCAUAAUCACGAUUACGGUAAUCGAGAAUUUGAUUAAUUGUUACACUACUAAUUUUAUUUAGCCAAAUGUCUGGCAUGAUGGCACCCCUAUUGCAAGACUAAAAAUGUUUGAAUAAAGGUUGAAUAAAGUAUAUAGGUCAGUUAAAACACAAUGAUUCAAUGACCACACUAUUACAUCUCAUUCAAACUCCAGGUCUGUGGUCUCAAUGUAACUUUGUUGGGACACACAAAUGUAGAAGAAGGGGAAAAGGCUUUUUUUUUUUUUUUAACAGAAGUCAGUUCAAUGACAACAUGCCCAUUCAAUAAUCUCAGUAGCCCAUGUACAGCAAUUUUUUUCUGAGGGGAAGCGGCAACUGUACACAUGCUUUUAUCACAGUAUUAGUUCAAAAAAAUACACAUCAACCCAAUUUCCAUUGUAUAAAAUAAAGGAAUUAUAGGAGCAAAGUAUUUUAUUACUUUGGACAAGACAGCUAGAUCGAGUUUAAGUUGGAUUAGGGGUGCAGGUUUUCUCUUUUGCUGACCAUAGUUCAAUGACCUGACCACAUCUCAGUUCAAUAAUCACGACAGAAGUUCAUAAAACAUUCAUCAACUCAAUUUCCAGUGGCACUAAUUUAAGGAAUAGGAGCAACAUUUUUUAUUUCUCUGGGUGAGGUGGAAGCAAUGGAAAGGGGUGAGGGUUUUGCAUGGCUGAGCUUCUGGUCCAUACUUCAAACAGCUGGCAUUUUUCAUUGCUUGACACUGUUAAUAGACCUGACAUCAGCCUACUAAUAGUGUAGUGUAGUGUUUUUUACUGCAUAUUCUUCCAGUUUGUCCAGGACCUGUUUUUACUGUUCUUUCCAUUGCACAUGCUUGUAUCUUGAUUAUAAUUUUGUAGUUAAAAUUUCUAGGAAGGGGGUUGGGGGUUAGUAGUUAUGCAGAACCAUCUAUACUUAUCUUAACGUUUUUUGCAUUUCAAGGUAAUUCUGUGUCCAUUGAUAAUUAUUAGAUGAUCUUGUAUUCCUCUGCAACUCCAAAGCAGGUCAAAAACUACCCCUUCAGAAGACUUUUGAGGGGAAUUUUAUGCUACCACAGGUUUGCCAUGAAAGGAACCAUGUAUAAGCAAUCACAGGAACAGCAAUGUUGAAUCUGGGUAGAAUGAUCCCAAGAACUUCAUAAUACUCAGUCUUUCCUACCACCUGUUUGCAUUAGGAUAAUGCAAUCAUUAUUCUCUAAAAUGGCAUUCACAGCAUCUUGUUUGCCAUGAAAUUUGAAAUAUUCAAACACAAUUAUUUUUUUUAAAAAGUGUCUAGGGCAACGUCUCCUGCCUGGCCAAAUGGUAGUUACGAUGGUAUCUCAUCAACUACAUCACCCUCUUCGAUCAGGGUAACAAAAUUGUCUAUCAAAUUAAAACCAAAGUUACCAAUAAUCUAUUUAUUAAGACACAAAUGAUGUGUUAUAAAAGAGCAUAACAAAACCAAAUUGGUCUACUGUGUAAUAUCACAAAAACAAAUAAAAAACAAUACAGACAAUAAGUAUUUGGUGCACAUUCGACACAGCUUCAUCAUAAAAUGAGGUAUAUAAAUAAAAAGUAAGUAGACUUUAUUUACACUGGGCUGUGCAUUCAGUGACAAGUCUAGUACCCAGUGAGGUAAUCGAACAAUAAAAAAAUACAAGUAAAAAAGAAAAAGAACCUUAAGCUAGUUUUGUGGCUGUUUUUCCUUUACGUAAAUAAGCUUACAUGGUCGAGCAAAUGAUACACAAUGGAAAUCCUGAGACAAAAAUUUAACAGAUUUAAAAAAUAUUUUAUAAUCUAUUUCAUAACAUAACUUAGAGGUCUUGAGACUAGACUGGUUUGUUGCCUUUUCGAGUACUCAAGAUAAAGCGUGCAGCAAAUAGUAUUUUAAAGCUUUACAAAAUAUUUGGCUUCAUUUGACUGUUGCAACAAUUUUCAGCUCGCCAUUUGUCGUCACUUCGACUGAAGAGAUAGAUCGUUUCAUCACUGGGGACCUUAACAGAAACGAUUACUAACUUACUAACUUUCCUGACCGGCUGUUACCUUGGCGUGCGGCAGUUUCAUUAAAUUAAAGGCAGUACUGUCCCGUCCGCGGCUAGUAGUUUUUCGAUAUAAAGUUCGGUAGUAAACAUUAUGUAGUUCGGUAGUAAACAUUAUAAUGCUCGAGUCCAAUGUGUCGGGUGAAAACAACUUCCUCUUCACACACACGACGUGGAUAGGCAAUGAUUUGCUCAAAAUUCGCAAAUGAACAGGGCUGAACUUAUUUUAAAGAUUGCAUAUUGGCCCGCCAUUACUCUUGCCGCCAUCUUAAAAACAAGAUCUGCCAGACGUCUCGCCCGUUGUCUCCUUCCCGCCUUCCUUUGCGCGCACAUUUUCAUCAAAAGAGAGACGUCUGGGUACGUGGCAGGCGCCGUUCCGUAAUGAAUUAUAAAACAUAUGUUUUUUUAGCUCUACCAGGAACAGCUGAAUCGAGCAAACGAGAUUUGACAGCUGAAUCGAGCAAACGAGAGUUGACACCAAAGUCAAAGGAAGCCCCGCAACCUAGAAAGAAACAGAUUAGUUUGCUGAAAACACCGUCGAAGGAAGAAGGUAAGAUGUCUCUUCCAGCUUAUUAUAACUUAAUAGUUUGACUUUCUCUUAGUGUUGUUAUUCAAGCGCAUCGAAAGGGAAUUGUCUCCGUCUGUAAUCCGCUAAAAUUAUAAAAAUUUUGUUUUUUUAGCUCUACCAGGAACAGCUGAAUCGAGCAAACGAGAUUUGACAACAAAGUCAAAGGAAGCCCCGCAACCUAGAAAGAAGCACAGCAAAUUGUUUGGUAAUUUUCAAGUAACUUCUUUUUAAUGCAGUAUGAGUUAUCAUAAUGUAAAAAGAAUAUUUUUUUUUCUCAACUUUUGCACAUUAAAUUGUGGAAAGCAACCUGUUGGUUAUAUUUUAUUACCACUAGACUUCUCGUGUUUAUAGUUUACUUCUCCUGAAUUAAAUAUAAAAAUCGCAUGAGCUCCAAGCCUCUUGCUUCGUUUGUUUUACUUACACACAAUGUAGUGAUGUUUUUGGGUGUUUUUUUUAAUAAGAAUAUUUUCUGCAUAAACUGAGGUUGUGAACAGCAAAUUUUGCAUUCCCUGAAAUUGGUUCUAAAGCCUGCGGCUGGAUCCCAGCUUCUCUGUCAGGAGGUGUGCAGCAUGUUAGAAAAGAUGUGCGGCAUGGAGGUCAAUGUAAGAACUGUGACGUACCUACUGGAAAAAGCAUUUAUGGAGGCAGACCCUCCUGUAGAAAGAAAACGGAUUAAAUUAACGGAUUGA